AAUAACAUGUUUGAACUUCAGCGAGUUUCGAUGAUUGCUGUAGUCUCCGGAGAUAGGACUCAUCAUCAUGAUAAGGGAAGAGGUCAGCAGCUACUCCAACCGUUGGAGAGUGCAAGAGAGAACGAAGGCGAUAAAAACGUUGCUUCCUUGGAUGUUUUAUCAGUAAAUUCGUUUCAAAUACGGUGAUGACCUCGGAGACCGAGAAGCAGAAUGAUGAUAGAACGGAGAGUAAACGAAGAUAAAGAUAGACUACAGGGCGCCGGACAUGUGAUUUUCUUGCGACCACGGCUGCUGUAUCAAAACGUGUGUGUAGUUGCUCCGAGUUCCGAGAGCAAGCGCAACGUCAGCAAACCGCGAACAUUGCUCUCAUAGGCACUUGUUCUCCAAAUUUUUAUUACAAUCUUUGAGUUACGAAGAUAGUGUUUUUUUUUUACUACGUUAUUCAUUACGCCGAGUGUAUAAAUAUUUUUCCGUUAUUGUUUUUCACUCGACAGGAAAGUAAGUGUUCACUGUUCCAACAAUAUUCGUGUCAUGCGGAUCCUGGGAUCCGUCGCUUCGAGACGCGAUGCCGCGCUCUUCCUCCCAACGGGAUUAUCUCAUGUAAUUAUGAGAAACAAUAGUAGUUUGAAGGGAAAAACAAUAGCGAUCAGGAGAGAAGACCAAUCGGUAUGGGAACGUCGAGCUCCACUGGCACCCGCGAACGUUCGACGUUUGGUACGAGCUGGCGUCAAAGUGCUCGUACAGCCAAGCAACAGACGUGCAUAUCCGGCUCAGUCCUAUCUAGCCGCUGGUGCAUUGCUUCAGGAAGACAUUAGCGAUGCUUCGGUCAUCUUCGGGGUCAAACAAGUUCCCAUUGAUCAAUUGAUACCGAACAAAACUUACUGCUUUUUCUCUCAUACGAUAAAGGCACAGGAGACUAAUAUGCCACUCUUGGAUGCUAUUUUGGAGAAAAAUAUACGUUUGCUCGAUUAUGAGAAAUUAACGGACAACAAUGGUCAGCGUGUCGUGGCUUUUGGAAAAUACGCCGGCGUCGCUGGGAUGGUCAAUAUUUUGCAUGGUCUUGGUCUGAGACUUCUUGCACUUGGUCAUCACACGCCGUUUAUGCACAUUGGUCCGGCUCACAAUUACCGAGAUUCGGCGGUAGCCAGACAAGCCAUCCGGGAUGUUGGCUACGAAAUCGCAUUAGGAGCAAUGCCCAAAUCGAUCGGACCAUUGACUUUUGUCUUCACUGGCAGUGGUAACGUGAGCCAAGGUGGACAGGAAGUCUUUCAAGAACUUCCUCACGAAUACGUCACACCUGAAACAUUGAGAAAAGUUGCGGAACACGGUGAUACCAACAAAAUUUAUAGCUGUGAGGUUCGUCGUCGUCAUCAUCUAGAAAGAAAAGAAGGCGGCGGUUUCGAUCCUGACGAAUAUGACAAGCAUCCGGAACGUUAUAUAUCGACAUUCAGCAAAAAAAUCGCUCCGUAUGCAUCGGUCAUUAUUAAUGGAAUAUACUGGGCGGUCGAUUCCCCAAAACUCUUAACGAUACCCGACGCUAAAUACUUACUGAGACCAGCAAACACACCGUGGUUACCGAUCAGCGUCGGUGCACCAGCUUUGCCUCAUCGGAUGCUUGCUAUUUGCGACAUUUCUGCUGAUCCUGGAGGCAGCAUUGAAUUCAUGAAUGAAUGCACGACAAUCGACACUCCGUUCUGUCUGUACGAUGCUGAUCGUAACAAAGACACGAAAUCUUUCAAGGGGCCGGGAGUAUUGGUAUGCUCGAUCGACAACAUGCCAACUCAAUUGCCGAGAGAGUCCACAGACUUUUUUGGUGAUUUGUUAUUUCCUUACGCCCUCGACAUCAUCCACUCUGACGCAAAAAAACCACUUGACGAGCACAAUUUUAGCCCAGCUGUGCAUGGAGCUAUUAUAGUUUCCAAUGGUGAAUUGACGCCAAAUUUUGAAUACAUACGUGAGUUACGAACACUCAAUUCACGCAGCAGGCACAAAGCUGAGAAUGGAGAAACACAGACAAAGAAGGUGGUCGUACUGGGGGCUGGUUACGUAUCCGCUCCUCUGGUCGAAUACCUCAAUAGGGACAAAAACAUAGCGAUAGCCGUGUGUUCGCACUUGAAAGACGAAGCUGACGCACUAGCCAACGAGUAUCCGGCAGUUGAGCCGGUAUUUCUCAAUGUAAUCGAACGACCCGACACUCUUAAGGAAAUCGUUAGUUCGGCGGACGUUGUAGUAUCGCUUCUCCCGUACGCGCUUCACCACGUUGUCGCCAAAACUUGUAUUGAAACUAAAACUCAUUUGGUUACCGCGAGUUACAUGAACGAUGAUAUCAAAUCUCUCCAUGCUGAAGCCGAGGCUGCCGGUAUAACGAUACUGAACGAGGUGGGUCUUGAUCCUGGGAUCGAUCACCUUCUUGCUCUUGAAUGUUUCGAAGAUGUUCGUCAGGCUGGUGGUAAAAUUAAGUCUUUCGUAUCCUGGUGCGGUGGAUUACCGGCGCCUGAAUGUUCGUACAAUCCUCUGCGAUAUAAAUUCAACUGGUCGCCCCGUGGCGUUCUGCUCAAUACUCUAUCACCCGCAAAAUAUUUCCAUAAUGGACAGGAAGUAUAUAUCAACGGCGGAGGUGAUUUGAUGUCAAACGUUCGGAGUCUCGACUUUCUUCCCGGAUUCGCUCUCGAGGGUUUCCCGAAUCGUGACAGUACAGUUUAUCGUGAAUUGUAUGGUAUCACGAACGCUUCCACGGUUUUAAGAGGAACCCUCAGAUUCAAGGGCUUCGCUGAUACUAUGCAAGGCUUACAAUUUCUAGGCCUCAUUGAUCCGGAUCCUCAUCCCAUUCUCCAUCCAAGAGGGCCAGAAAUUACUUGGCGGACAUUAAUUUGCCAUCUCUUGGGCCUCAUAAAUGAUGACAUAUUUUACGAAAACCUGAAGCGCAAAUUAGCUGAGCGAGUGAAUUCGGAGGAACGCGUACAAGCGAUCGAAGAUCUUGGUUUGUUGAACGAAGAUCCUGUUCUGAAAUUGAACACGCCUCUUGACACAUUGACGCAUUAUUUAUCAAAGAAACUCGCUUAUGACAGUCACGAACGUGACUUAAUUAUUUUGAGACACGAAGUCGGAAUUUUAUGGCCUGACGACAGGCAAGAGGAAAAAGGAAUCAAUUUUGUACUCUAUGGUGAUACGAACGGCCAUUCAGCAAUGUCACGGACCGUUGGAUAUCCAGCUGCGAUGGGAACAAAAAUGAUACUCGAUGGUGAGAUUCAACAGCGCGGAAUGGUACUUCCGUUCACCCCCGAUAUUUACCGUCCCAUGCUCAAUCGCCUUCGGUUAGAAGGUUUGCAGUCGUUUGAAACUUCCAAGUGGCUUUGAUGAGAUUCACAUCGAUGGUUGUCUAUGUUUGUAUUCCGUCUCAUUGUGUACAAUAUCAUCAUUUUCGAUGAUGUCAAGAUUGAUGUGUUACAUUCUUAUAAAAUGAUCUCACAAACGUAUGAGUUAACAUAAUAAAAAUUCACGAAAUUUUUGUCAGGAAACUCGAAUGUUUAAGUACUAUGUCAGUUGAGGCUGCAGAUCAGUUAUAAGCUUUGAAAAAAUAAAUGAUGUCCAGAUGAACGUAAAUAAAAAAAUAUAUAAAACAGGUUAUUCAA